AAUAUCUCCCCAGUCGCGCACUCUACGCGACGGUGGCCGGUCGGUGAACGCUCGCACUCACAGUCCUCCCUCGGACGCACAGCUGUGACGACCGCGAUGCGUUCCCUCGUUUACAUCGCUGCCGCGCUCUCGCUUUCAGACUAUGUCUAUUCGGCACGUAUUCUUGGGUUGUUCCCACACACGGGCAAGAGUCACCAAAUGGUCUUCGAGCCUUUGCUAAAAACUCUCGCCGAGCGCGGACACGAUGUAACCACGGUGUCUUUUUUCCCACUGAAAAACCCUCCAGCUAAUUACACCGAUGUCAGCCUCGAAGGUAUCGCUCAACUUGGAGUGGAAACGAUAGACUUACAAAUGUAUGAAAAUCCGCCCAGUUUUAUAAAGUAUUUGGGUGUGGAUGUAGAGCGAAUGCUGAAGCAAGCAAUGGAAUUUGCGCCGCUAGCUGAUAUGGCUUUAAAUGUUUGCCGGAAACUGGUGGACUGGCCGGCGUUAACAAGUGCCUUAAAAAAGGAUUACGACUUAUUGUUAGUUGAGAACUUUAACAGUGAUUGUAUGCUAGGUCUAGCGCACGUUCACGGUAUAAAAGCCCCUAUUAUAGCUCUUUUAUCAAGUGGAGUGAUGCCGUGGUCGCCAGGACGGAUUGGCCUGGCUGAUAACCCGUCGUAUGUACCUACUGUCAGCACUGCAUUUCUUGAUAGAAUGACUUUCAUUGAACGUCUGGAGAAUACAUUAAUACAACUUUACUUUAAGUGGUGGUAUAGAUAUGAAAUCCAGGUGAAAGAACAGGAGAUUAUUGAAAAGCAUUUCGGCAGGAAGAUAACGGAUUUGUCGGAUCUGGGAAAGAAUAUAUCUUUGAUGUUGUUAAAUACUUUUCACGGUUUGAACGGAGCAAGACCACUCUUACCCGGGGUGGUGGAAGUCGGCGGUAUGCAUUUGGAUCAAAAUAAGCAAACAAUACCACCGUAUAUCGAGAAAUUUGUGAACGAGUCUUCCGAAGGCGUGGUCCUGUUCAGCUUCGGUUCUCUGAUCAAGACCGCGUCAAUACCGAAGUACAAAGAGGAGAUCAUCAUCAACGCCCUGUCCAAGCUGAAGCAGCGGGUGGUGUGGAAGUACGAGGACAGCGACGAGGAGGGCACCAUCACUGGGAACAUCAUGAGGGUCAAAUGGAUACCGCAGUCAGAGUUGCUGAAGCACAAGAAAGUGUUGGCGUUCAUAGCGCACGGAGGUCUGCUGGGCAUGACCGAGGCGAUAUUUGCCGGCAAGCCAAUGCUGGUAGUGCCGUUCUUUGGAGACCAACCACAGAACGCAGUGGUGGCCGAGGCUGCGGGACUGGCCAAGGUCUUGUCGUACGCGGAUUUGUCGGAGGAAUCCAUGCUUGAGGGGCUGCAGAGCGUGCUCAGCGCAGAAAUGCGUGUCAGCGCUCGUCGGGCUUCCCAAAUCUGGCGAGACAGGCAGAACGAGCCGCUGGAUACGGCGGUCUACUGGACGGAGAGGGUGCUCCGCUGGGGGCAGCAGGCGCCCCUCCACUCGGGCGCGAAGCACCUCGCCUUCCACGAAUACGCGCUCCUCGACGUCGCUGCCGCCUUGCUGGGGACCAUCGUGCUAUCUAUUCUUCUACUACAUUACACAAUCUUCACCCUUAUCCCUAAAACAAUAAGUGCUAGUUUCGGUAAAGAGAAAAAGAAGAUUCAUUGAUCUUUGGCUGUGGUCCAGGUGACGUAAUAGGUAUUUUUAGUAAUAGAUUAGUCUAGUA